UGCUCCCGUCUCACCACAGCAAGCCUGGUCCUAGACAAGUGCGCAACACGCAGACAGACAGCAACAGAGGAAAUCAACAAAGCAGCAACCACAGAGGAGGCAAAACACUGACGCGCAGAGCUGUUUGACUGCAGCUCUUGUCAACAACCAGGAAACUCAAAGAUCUGUUUGUAUAAAAAAACAGGAAUAAAACCUAUAAACAUGAAAUCACUGCGAUUUAUUGCUGCUGAGGGCUUCAUCCAGAGUGGUCCAAGUGCUGUGGAAAACCUGAACUGUGUGUCUUUUAACCUCUACCCACUUCUCUUUAAGGCCUGCUACCUCCAUGAGCAGGCUGACUUGCUGCAUGAUUUGGUCAAGGUAUGGCCUCUUCAUGAGCUCAACCUACACAGGAUCCUGGGAAAGACAGUCGACUGUCAGAUGGACCUCACCGCCCGUACUUGCCGGCUUUGUCUGAAGGCCAUUUUAACUGGCUUAAAGGAUUACGUGCUGUCUCCUCCAAGAAAAACCUAUGCCAAGAACUUGCAUGUGGUGGACCUGACUGCCCUGAAGGAUGUCGAGUACCAGGCCUGCCCCUGCCAGUCCACCCUGGGCCGAUGGGCAAGAACCCAGAUCCUGACCCAAAUGUGCUAUGAGACCAUGGUGGACAUGCAAGCCAUCGACUGGUCCCAAUCUGCCUCCGAAACAUCUAUUAAUGUCCGUCUGAACGGCUUCGUCACAGGCCGCAACUAUGAGCUGGUGGCUCAGGCCUUCCUCCUCCUCCGCUACUGUCCAUUGAAGCUUCGUUUUGUUGGUUUUCGGGCUGAUUCCCUUGCUCUCAAGCAGCUGUUCUAUGUUCUUCGCCUAGCAGAACCCGAGUCCAUCUCAAAGCUGGAGGUGGUCCACAAUGUUCCCCUGGAGGCCGUACACUUAGAGGUGCUGCUGUCCAGGGUGGAAUUCCCUAAAUUACAGUCUUUGACCCUGCCGGCUGGGGCGUUGGAUGUUAGGAGGUUGGGCGCUGAUGAAGAGGAUCUGCUGGCCACCAUCGGCAAUCUGCUGGCAAAACUGAGCAGCCUGACUGAGCUCUAUGUUAGCUUCUCCACUCUAACGGGACACCUACGCAGACUGCUUAAUCCUCUCAACACUCCACUGCAGUGCUUGGAAGUGGCCAACUGCUCCUUGAACCGUUUGGACAUGACAUACCUUUCCAACAGCCUCCACAGUGAGGCCCUGGUCCGCCUGGACAUCAGCGGGCAUGACAUCUUCGGCUCUUUCUCCACCAGUUUCCACAAACUGGUCAGCCGUUGCUCUGCCACGCUGGCCAGCCUGACCCUUGAAGAAUGCAACAUUGAGGACGAGCACAUGGACGCCUUCACUAACACUCUGGCUUGCUGUCAGGGGCUGGAGGAGCUCAAAAUCCUGGGAAACCCUCUGACGUCUGCAGCCCUGUUGAGGUUAUUCUCCAUACUAUCUGCAGGCUUUCCUAAGUUAAAGUACAUAGAGGUACCAGUUCCCCGUGACUGCUACUCUGAGAAUGUCACUUAUCCUCUUGAUGAUUCAGACCUACUGCAGUACAACAAGGAGUUGUUUCAGGAAGUCAGGGGCCAGCUGAUUGGGAUCCUGGAAGGAGCUGGUAGAGGGAAUGUGGAGAUAUGCACCCCACUCAUGGGGGCCUAUGACCCAGACAUUAAUGAAACUAGCAACGAGCUGGGAGUGUCUAUGUUAAAAAGUUUUAAUGGCGUCAUUGGGAACUUCAUAGGAACCAUAACUGACGUGGACAGCAGGAGAGCAGAGGCUCAGAAAGAUAAUUAGUGGGGGUGCCUGUGGAAGGAUCAAAUAAAUGGGUUGACACCCAAGGGUCAUGAACUCAGAUCUUUUACAUGAGUCGAGACAUUUGUGUAAAGCAGACCUGAAUCUUCAAACCUUACAGAAAUGUUCAUGCUUUGAUGACUAUGAAUGACCCCUGCAGACAAUUUCUUGCUUUUUAAGUUGGAUUGUGCUGAUACGAUACCGGCCAAAAUCACUGGAUUGGAUAUCAUAGAGACUCUUUCACAGUUUGAGCGUGUUUUUAAAUGGCUAGGUUGAGCAAAGUGCAUCCAUACAAAUGCCAUCCCUAUUUUUAAGGCUGUGUUUAAAAACAACAACUAUACAACUAUAUUAAAAUAUAAAAUAUGUUAGGACUGUUCUAUGCAUGACUCACGGCCAACACUGUGAAAAUACAUCAUAUUUUAUCACAUAUGUAGGACCACGAUCACUUAUGAGAUAUUAUCUGAACAGGGAAUCAUUAAUUUUCCCAGUGUUUCUCAGUGUGCAAGGCAAACAGAUGUGUAGUGUAGGUAGAUGUAGCUACUGUGAGUAGUGGGUAUAGUAGAUACUUGAAGUUUGCCUGGGAUUUUUCUUAGCUAUAUCUGUUGUAUAUGUUUGUGUGUAUAUGCGUUGGUUUAAAUGUAUAUUUUUGGAUUUGUAAAGGUAAACAGAUAUUUGCACUGUGGGACAGAUCCAAAUUUAGUAAGUAUACAAAUGUAACUGUUAUAUUUUGUCAUACUAAUAAAUCAAAUCUUCGAAUA